AUGACGUCACCAGUUCCCAGGGGAUGGGACCGUGGAGCUAAUCCAAGGUGCCCGACGGCAACUAACACUCUGCUCCCCUCCCCGCUAGGCUUCUGCCGCAGCCCCCCAGUGAUGGUGGCUGGGGGCCGGGUCUUCGUCCUGCCCUGCAUCCAACAGAUCCAGAGGAUCUCCCUGAACACCCUGACCCUGAACGUGAAGAGCGAGAAGGUUUAUACCCGGCACGGGGUCCCCAUCUCCGUCACCGGCAUCGCCCAGGUAACCGCUUCCCCAGCUGCGAGCCCGGUGUGUAUGGCCAAGGCCCAGCGGGACUACGAGCUGAAGAAAGCCGCCUACGACAUCGAGGUCAACACCCGCAAAGCCGAGUCCGACCUGGCCUACCAGCUCCAGGUGAGACGCCCCCCGAGGGGUGGGGGCCGGGCCCCCCCGAUGCCCGUGCGACACCGAAACCUGGUGGGGCCGGUGGUGGCGGAUGAGAUCAGCAAGCCGCUGACGGAGGUGAAGAAGAUCACGAUGGUGUCGAGCGGGGGCGGGGAAGUGGGCGCAGCCAAGCUGACCGGGGAGGUGCUGGAUAUCAUGACCAAGCUCCCGGACGCCGUGGAGAAACUCACCGGCGUCAGCAUCUCCCAGAUGGGCCGGAAGAAGCCAGGCCGGAUGUCGUAG